AUGAUCUUAUCUCAACCUUGGCAUCAGAGAAAUCUGAAUGAUAGGGAGACUGCCGAGGUGAUUAAAUUGCUGGAAGUUCUGGAAGGUUUCAGAUUGUGUGCUUCUAAAAGGGAUAGGAGAAGGUGGGAUCUUGAGGUGUCGGGUUUUUUCACCUGCAAGUCCUUUCAAUCCUUUUUACGCAACAAGGGGAGUGUUGUGACCUUUCUUCCUUUCUCUAGUGUGUGGAAGGCCAAGUCCCCCCCUAAGUGGUGUGUGUUAUGUAAGCUUGGUGAGGAGAGUGUGGACCACCUUUUCUUACAUUGCCCCUUUUCCUUAAGUCUUUGGGGGCUUUUGUGGAGGGAGGUUGGGACCGUUUGGGUGAUUCCGAAAGGGUGCGCUGAUUUCCUUUGUUCUGAUUUUGAGGUGUGGGGUUCGGGGAAGCGCGCCUCAACCUUGUGGGGCUGUCUGGUUCACUCUGUUUUCUGGAACAUUUGGAUGGAGCGUAAUAGGAGAAUUUUUGAAGACUACAAGGGGGUGGGAGUGAGUGAUUUGUGGGAUAGAGUUAAGUACUGGGCAGCUUUGUGGGCUUCUGUUACUGAAGAUUUUAAAGAUUAUUCUGUUUCUACUAUUUUGAGGGAUAUGGCAGCAGUGGUUAUGUGA